AUGGCUUUCAAAGGGUACCCCCAAUUCAUUCUACUGGGCGAUUCCAUUGUUCAAUUCUCAAGUCAUCUGCGGGAUGGCUUUUCCUUUACUGCGGGUCUAGAAGAACAUUGUUCUAGGCGGCUCCAGAUAAUAAACCAUGGGUUGAGCGGGUAUAACACCGAUAAUGCUCUUGAGAUUCAUCGGCACCUCGUCCCAGAUCCAAUCACUGCAAAGGUUCCCUAUCUGCUCGUCCUGUUCGGUGCGAAUGAUGCAUGCCUACCGGAUGGUCCCACGGGUCAACAUGUUCCAUUGGAAAGUUACAAGAAAAACAUUGAAAUCCUUCUCCAAAACUGGAGUUCCAUAGCACAACGCCCCACGAUUUUACUGGUUACACCACCGCCUAUCAACGAAGUUCAGCUUGAGGAACAAGACCUCCAGAAGGGGUAUUCUUCUCUUACGCGAUCACAGGAUAACACAGCCAAAUAUGCAGCUGCAGUUAGAGAAAUCGCCGAUGAAUGGAAAGAUCGAAAUGUGGUAUUGGUCGAUCUAUGGAAGGCUAUUAUGGUUAAAGCAGUACAGAUGAGUCCAGAUAAUACUGGCAACCUAGAAACGAUUGGCACCAAACGUGCUGGAGAUGAUAAAGCUAUGAGGGCACUUCUCACCGAUGGUCUUCAUCUUUCUAGUGACGGAUACAGAGUAUUCUUGAACGAAGUUAUACCAUUGGUUGGAAAAGAGUGGAAAGAAGAGCCCUUGGAUAGCCCCAGCUGGGUAUUUCCACACUGGACAGUAGCUCCUAAAUUCAGUCAUUAA